AGGGAGAGGGAUGAGAGAGAGUCAGAGCUGAGCAGAUUAGCAGCAAGCAGUCCAGCAAUCCAAUACUGUGUGAUACAAGCAGGGAAUGAUUGGAUACAGAGGUGUGACAAAGCAGUGAAUGAAACGCAGAGCCCAGCUUUCAUAGCCUCUGCAGGCAGGCAGGCAGGCAGGCAGGCUGUGCAAGUCCUGUGCUUGAGAGAGCGAGAGAGAGAGGGGCGAUUUGAGAGUAGUAAGUCAUAUAAAGUAGCGGUUCUUGCAGUGAGGGAAGCUGUCUGGAUCCCGUGAACUGUUCUCGCUCGGAUUAUUGCUUUUGACAAAGCAGUUUAUUUUCUCUCACGCUGGCAGGGGAUGCAACACCCUUCUCGGAAAUAUCUUUAAUAUAACACAAACCUGUAAGCUUGUCAAGGUAGAGGACGGGAGUCUGGUUCUUUCUGUGAGAUGACAGUAUGUUCAGGCAGUGGCAGAGCCCUCCACCUGUACACGGAUGGCAGCAUUGAGCUGUCUGUAAGCGCAGAUCGAUAGGAAAGUGCUGAUGCUCUGGAGUUCCGCAGCAAAAUAUGACGGCUGCUGACAUAACGGAGUUGUACGGUAGUUAAUAAAAACUAAACUUCCAAGUAUAAAAAGUAACCGAAAAAAACCAUUUCGCUUUGAACCUAAAAGAAAGCUUUGGGAUGCGGCGCUCCAGCACGGAUGAGUCCACUUACCGGCGCAGCCCUUCGCUGGAGAGCAAGGAUUACUCUCUGCCACAGUCUGCUUUCCGGCGCUACAGCAGCAGCUACGGGAACCACUUAGAGGGCCAGAGCUCCUUCUUUGGGUUUCACACUAACCCCGGCCCCAAGGCCACCAAGACCAAGUACACCUCCCCCAAGGGCAACAAGUAUGUGGUGUUUUAUCUGGACCUGUCCUUCAUCUUCCUCCUAGAGCUGAAGCGCUGCAGCAUGGCACGGAACUGCCUUCAGUGUAUCAAGUACCUGAUGUUCGUCUUCAACCUGCUGUUCUGGCUAGGAGGCUGUGGUAUUCUGGGUGUAGGGAUCUGGUUGGCUGUCACUCAGGGGAACUUUGCCACUCUCUCCGCCUCUUUCCCCUCCCUCUCGGCCGCCAAUGUGCUGAUCUCCGCGGGGACGGUCGUCAUGGUGAUUGGGUUCCUGGGCUGCAUCGGAGCCAUCAAGGAGAACAAGUGCCUGCUUCUGAGUUUCUUCAUCCUGCUCCUGAUUGUUCUCCUGCUGGAGACCAUAUCAAUGAGUCUGUUCUUUGCCUACAAGGAAGAGAUCGACCGCUAUGCGCAGGCUGACCUGAAGGAGGGGCUGUGGCUGUACGACACUGAGGGGAACAUCGGGCUGACCAACGCCUGGAGCAUCAUCCAGACCGACUUCCGGUGCUGCGGGGUCUCGAACUACACGGACUGGUUCGAGGUGUACAACACCACGCAGGUACCCGACUCCUGCUGCCUGGAGUACAGCCAGAGGUGCGGUCUGCACUCGCCCGGGACCUGGUGGAAAGCUCCCUGUUACGAGCGAGUGAAGGUCUGGCUCCAGGAGAACCUGCUUGCAGUGUGGAUCUUCGGGCUGUGCAUUGUACUGAUACAGGUGUUGGGUCUGGUCUUUGCCAUGACGAUGUAUUGCCAGGUGCUGAAAACAGACACCUUUUACGCCUAGAGUUCCCCGGACGCACUGCAUUCUGGGAUACAGACUGCAUCGUUAUUUUUUUUCGGCCUUGCCGUCGUUAUUUUUUUUCGAUGUUGCUGUCUUCAUCG